AUGAGCAAGAAAGCUAUCAGCAAGACUUUUUUCCACCACAGGGAGGCAAUCAGCAAGGAGGAUAUGAGCAAGGAGGCUAUCAACAAGGAGCUUAUCGACAAGGCUUACUUCCACCACAGGGAGGCAUUCAGCAAGAAGGCUACCUGCCACCACAAGGAAGCUACCAACCUGAAGGACAGGGAGGACAACCAGCUCAAGGAAGCAGCCGUCAAGGAAGCUACAAACAAAGAAGCUUUCAGCAGGGAAGCUAUCUACCAUUACAGGGAAGCUAUCUACCACAAGAAGUUUUCCAGCAGCAAGGAGACGUUAGCCAGGGGAGCCAGCAGCCUCAUGGAAGCUACCAACCUCAAGGGAACAUUCAUCAGGGUGGACAACCAGCUCAUGGAAGCAGCCGUCAAGGAAGCUACCAACCUCAAGGGAACAUUCAUCAGGGUGGACAACCAGCUCAUGGAAGCAGCCGUCAAGGAAGCUACCAACCUCAAGGGAACAUUCAUCAGGGUGGACAACCAGCUCAUGGAAGCAGCCGUCAAGGAAGCUACCAACCUCAAGGGAACAUUCAUCAGGGUGGACAACCAGCUCAUGGAAACAGCCGUCAAGGAAGCUACCAACCUCAAGGGAACAUUUAUCAUGGUGGACAACCAGCUCAUGGAAACAGCCGUCAGGGGAGCUACCAACCUCAAGGACAGGGAGGACAAACAGCUCAAGGAAGCAGCCAUCAAGGAAGUAGUCGUCAAGGAAGCUACCAACCUCAAGGACAGGGAGGACAAAGAGCUCAAGGAAGCUACCAGCCUCAAGGACAGGGAGGACAAACAGCUCAAGGAAGCAGCCGUCAAGGGAGCUACCAACCUCAAGGAAACAUUCAUCAUAGUGGACAACCAGCUCAUAGAAACAGCCAUCAGGGGAGCUACCAACCUCAAGGACAGGGAGGACAAACAGCUCAAGGAAGCAGCCGUCAAGGAAGCUACCAACCUCAAGGACAGGGAGGACAAACAGCUCAAGGAAGCAGCCGUCAAGGAAGCUACCAACCUCAAGGAAGCAGUCGUCAACCACAGCACAGCAAAAGUUUGA